AUGUACCGAGAGAAGUACCCGCGAGCUUAUAGUGCCGAAGACGCGUUGAAACAUUUGUUUCGCAACAAGGAAGCGAUGGAAGUGGAGAAGAUUAUUGGAAUGAUUUCGUAUGCCCGUAAAAAUAAGAUGGUUAAGGGACAGCUGCGCAAACUACACCAUGCAGUCGUGGCGAGUGAACAAAAUGUUGAUACGAAGAGUCAGUUCUGCAGGUAUUUAGAGGAUUGGUUCCAGAGCUUAUUUCACGCCCGUUUAAGCGAGCGUCGUAAUGAGUAA